AUGAACGGCGGGAAGAGCGAGCUGCUGCUGCCCACGCGGCAGAGCAUCAUCUGGUGCGGCGACCGCGAGCCGAACUGCACGGCGCGCAACACGGAGACCCUGGCGCUGUCUGCAGCAUCCGCGGUGAGAGGCAACGGCUCGGCAGUGGAUGCGUACCGACUCGUGGAGCUCCAGCUUCCCGCCUCGGCCGCCCCAACGGUGGCAAUGAUACCCGAGGCCCCGCACCCCUACCCCACAGUGGACGUGCCCGACCACGCCCACUACACCAUCGGCUCCGUCAUCCUCGUCAUCGGCAUCACCGGCAUGAUCGGCAACUUGCUGGUCAUAUACGCUUUCAGCAAGAGUCGCAGCCUGCGGACGCCGGCCAACAUGUUCAUCAUUAACUUGGCGAUCACAGACUUACUGAUGUGCGUCACCCAGGCGCCCAUCUUCUUCACCACCAGCAUGCACAAGAGGUGGAUCUUCGGAGAGAAAGGCUGCGAGCUGUACGCGUUCUGCGGCGCUCUCUUCGGGAUCUGCUCCAUGAUCACACUGACGGUGAUCGCUGUCGACCGCUACUUCGUCAUCACGCGACCCCUGACCUCCAUCGGUGUGUUGUCGCGAAAACGGGCCCUCCUCAUCCUCCUGGGGGCCUGGUUCUACUCUCUGGGCUGGAGCCUGCCGCCGUUCUUUGGCUGGAGUGCCUAUGUCCCUGAGGGCCUGCUGACUUCCUGCUCGUGGGACUACAUGACCUUUACCCCAUCGGUGCGAGCGUACACCAUGCUGCUCUUCAUCUUCGUCUUCUUCCUGCCGCUCUUCAUCAUCAUCUACUGCUACUUCUUCAUCUUCCGCGCCAUCCGCAUCACCAACCGGGCUGUGGGGAAGGUUAACGGCAGCAUUCACAGUCACGGCAGCAGUCGAGACUCGUCGAAGAAAUUCCACCGGCUGCAGAACGAGUGGAAGAUGGCGAAGAUCGCUCUGAUCGUCAUCCUGCUCUACGUCGUCUCCUGGUCGCCAUACUCCGCCGUCGCUCUCACCGCCUUCGCCGGGUACGCAGACAUGUUGACUCCCUACAUGAACUCUGUGCCCGCCAUCAUCGCCAAGGCCUCCGCCAUCCACAACCCCAUCAUCUACGCCAUCACACACCCAAAAUACAGGAUAGCGUUAGCUAAGUACAUCCCGUGUCUCGGCAUUCUGCUCUGCGUUCGUCCUCGCGACAUCCACUCGACCAGCAGCAGCUUCAGGUCGACGCGACGCUCCACCGUGACCAGCCAGACCUCCGACAUCAGCAGCCAGCUGAUGCGGCAGAGCAACCGCAAGUCCCGCCACUCCUCCGUCUCCGACAGCGAAUCGGUUCUGACGGACACUGAGGCUGAGCUCUCCAGUAUGGGCUCCAGACCAGCCAGCCGCCAGGUGUCCUGUGACAUCAGCAGAGACACCGCCGAGCUCCCAGAAUUCAAACCCUCCUCCAGCUUCAAGUCCAAGAUGAAGAGCCACGACUCGGGCAUCUUCGAAAAAACGUCCUUUGACACUGAUAUCUCCAUGGCAGGAGUCGGGGAACGCGGCAGCAUCCCAAAUACGGAUAUUGCAGAGGGACACGUUAGGAGGGGCACGAUUGGUCGAAUCCCGAGCAUCGUCAUCACCUCGGAGUCCAGCCCCUUCCUCCCCACUGGACGGAAUGGUUCCUGCACUGCUCGCCCAAAGACAGCCAAUAACAGCAACUCGGGGGCGGGGUCUGGGUAGAGCACCUGCAGCCAUGUGAUCAGCUCACGUCCAGUCAGAUGUUUAGAAAUGUAGACAGGGUUCACCUGUAGAUCAGAAACAAACUACAGUAUUACAGGAAGUCAUGAUUACAUUUCUGAGCGAGUCUUUUCACCUCGUAGAGAAUUUAUGUCAAUUUCUUUUGAAUUUAGUUUUCACUUGAACACAGAGAGUGACCAAUGAAAUGACAACAGACAGUUUAAGUGGUAUCAAUUAAAGAGCAACUUGUAUAAGCUUGAACAUACACCCUUCACAUAUUGUAAAAAAUGAUUGCACCAGUGUGCAGAAUUAAGUGAAGGCAAAAUGUAGAGGGGUGACAUUAAACACAGAGUUGCAAACUCUUAAAAGCAUUGUGCAGUUUUUGCGGCUGCUAAACCUGCACAAAUAAAACAAAAGAAACCUGUGUAAAUCUCAAAGCAUCCACAAAGGGUGAAAUGCACCCCUGUGCUAUUUCUAUGUAUUUAAAUGAUGUAAUAUUCAUGUGCAUUUGGCACAAAAUUGGUCCCUUUCUAUAUGCAAAUGAGCCAAAAAAAGUCAAAUUUACAAAAAUUCGGGCUAAUAGCCACACGCAGUUAUAGUGAAAUUAUUGGCGUCCUCAGAGAGUUGGUGGUAACUGAAGCACAGUUAUUAGGGGUGUCACGCCCAGCAGUGGUUAUUGCCAGGCAAAGGUAUUUUCAUGCUCUGCUUAAACUCAUAUGCAUUAAAAAUAAAUGCAUGAAGCUCCCUACGUAUACUUUUUGGAAAAUUAUAGAGAAAAAAUUAAAAACAAGGUCAUUAUUUAAACAGGGAAAAAAAUAAUUAUUUCUUCCCUCUCUGCAAAAAAGGACAAAUUGCAUUCAGCUGCAAAACUUUUUGGGUGUUUUUGCACUUGCAUCAUUAGCGCAAUUUCCUGUGAAUCGGACCUUGAGACGGAGCAGAUAACAGUUGCAAUUAAUACCACAAUCGAUUCCUUAGUUGAGCAAGUCGUAAGCUAGUUAAUGCAGAACUUUGCAACAAAUAUCGUAAUCUUAAACCGAUAGCUGUGUUGAUGCCAAGUCUUAUGACACUCAUGUGUAGCAGGCUUUGUCAACCAAUCAGGGCGGAAACGUUUCACUUUAGCCAGCCAUAGCAACUGGAAGUUAAAAGACAGAACAGGAAAUCCAGAAUUGGUAAAAAAAAAAAGGCCCAGAUCUGAGUGAGCAUGACGGUGUCUUUACGGUAGAGACAAUGUCACAGACUCAUUGAUCUCUGGAUACGUUGCUCUUUAGAAAUACUGUGAAUUAUUGGUUAGAGAAUUAAAAUCACCCUAAAAUACCUAUGUUGGUUUAUUUACUUUUUACUUUUAUGCUACAGACACUCAAGGUGUUUUUAGUUAUUCUGUUUGGUUAGACCCGAGUGUAUAGAAAGUAUAAACAAAUGCAAAGUGUAAGAGAGUCCACACAGUCUGGAGAAGGAGGUCUAGUCAGACAAUUUGAAUUAAAACACCUGUGAGGAAAGACAUUUUUUUAUGGUUCUGAAGCCAAACUUUUUUGCUUUUAGUUUAACCCAAAGAAACUCAUGUUCCUGCACCUGAUCUCUUGUCCCUGUUUUAGAUGGAUGCAAACAGACUGGUUGUGUUUGUCUUAGUUCCUCUGAGACAAGUGAAGGCCCUGAGCCCGUUGAAAUGGAGUUUUUUUUGCAGUGGACUAUGAGAUUUUUCUACAAAGAAAAAAAUACUGUUUCCUUUUUGUGUUCUUGUUGUCUGUUGCUUUUGAUUUAUUUAUCCGUGUGUUUCCAUCUUAAUCCUCUGCAGUUUUUCUUUUCUGUGUAAACUUAAGAACUGAGAUACUAUAUGAAAACAACUUCACUUGGUAUAGAAGUAGCCUGGAAAAGGAGAAACAGCUAAAUAAAAUUAGUUUUCAAGGAAUGUAACUGCUUGAUCAUUUGGGAAAUCCUCUUGCUAUAUCAUUUCAAAUAGAUGUUUCCACUUUUGCUGAUGCUAAGCUAGCUGCAGUUUUCCUCUGCUUCCACGUUUGGUAAUAAACUAAGCCAAACGGACCCUGGACUUGCAGUAGGCCUACAUCUGUACUGGACACACAGAGAUGUGACUGAUUUCUACUUCAGUGUUGAAUAAUCUCUGGGUAUGAUAACAAUCGAUAGAAUUUUCCAAAACGUCACGUUAAUUCAAAUGUUUCUCCUUAUCGCACUUAAUCCUAAAAGCCCUGAGGCCUGCAAUUGCACUUUUAUUAAGGAACAAGAUAUUUGAAAUGUUUCACUGUUGUUCAGUUUGUGUUUUUCAUCCUGUUCGUGUUUUUUUUCAUUCUUCUUCUUGAUUGCAUAUUUAAAGUGUGUAUUUUGCUGAAGGACAGUUUAGAGGAAAUGUGAUUGUGAUGUUGUUGGUGUUGGUACGGGGCUGAAUAAGGGACAUAAUUGUUGCUCGUAAAGCAGCUCUUGAUAAGCCCAUCUGACCUGUUGGUCUGGGUGAAGUUAUUUGUGCAUUCUUUAAGAGUCUAUUUGAAUGUUUCUAUACAAUAAAACAGUCAACACAUGACACGUUUUCUGCUGCAGUUUGCAUUAUUUCAAGUUAAUAAAAGUAACUGAACCACAAGCCAAGUGGAACUAAGCUAAAUCGUUAGCUAACCUAAUCAAAAAUGUUUUAAGAGUCAAACUGCUGUUAAGCUGUUUUCUUGGUAAACCGACCUUUAGCUAAAAUGAAACUGUUUAUUAAGCUGUUUAACUGAAACAUUAACCAAACCAAACUAAGCUUUGAUUGAAAUAUUUUAGGCCUGAGGUCUGCAGUAACACACGUCUCUACUGUAUGUCAGCGUAAACUAGUGUCCUAAUCAUUCCUACUGGUAUCGGAAAGAAGGAAGUACUCUACAGUAUAAUGCUGCAGCAGU